UUAAACCCCAUUUCUCAUUUAUUCAAACCAACCUCUCCACUUUCAAAAAAAUUCUCUCAAAACCAUAUCAACCAUGGCUGUGGUUCACGACCUCAAUCCCGUCAUCAUCAUCCCCUUUGUUUUGCUUUCUGUUUCUCUCUUCAACACUUCAUUUUCUCAAUCCCAAGCCCCUCCGCCGGAUCCAGCCCCAGCCCCGGCCUCCGACUCAUGCAACGGUGUAUUCUUAUCGUACACCUACAACUCAGGCCGUGCCAUCCCUCCCACCGACCCAACCAACCAAGCGUACCGUUUCGAGUCCACUUUAAGAGUUGUAAACAACGGACGUCACGAGCUCAAGUCUUGGAGAGCGUUCGUGGGGUUCAAUCACAGGGAACUUUUGGUCUCUGCUUCUAACGCUGUUUUGGCAGAUGGGAAUUCGCUCCCUGAUGCGGUCGGGAACGGUGCCGUUUUCGCCGGGUUCCCCAUGAGUGACCUUAAAUCGGCAGUAGAGACCGCCGGGGAUACGUCGCAAAUGGAGGUUAGCGUCGGGUUGGUGGGUACACAGUUCGGUGUCGGCGCUCCGGAUGUUCCCAUGCCGCUUAAUAUUAGCCUUGUUAAUGAUGGGUAUACUUGUGUUAAUGCCACAAAUCAAGGGAACCGUGUGAUGCACGUAUGCUGCGUUAUUCAAGAUACAAACUCAAACAGAGGGGUAAAUGAAGAAUUCUUGCCCAGGCAAGAUGGUGAUCUUAUAAUAAUGUAUGAUGUGAUUAGGGCGUAUGAUGUUAAUUACUGGGCACAGGUUUCGAUCUCGAACCAUGACCCUCUCAGUCGCCUGGAUAAUUGGCAAUUGAGCUUUGAUUGGAUGAGGGAAGAAUUCAUUUACACUAUGAGAGGAGCUUACCCUUAUGUUGUUGAUACAACGGACUGUGUUUUUGGCAGGCAGGGUCAGUACUAUCAAGACAUGGAUUUUUCUCAGGUAUUGAAUUGUCAAAGAAGGCCUACCAUUAUCGACCUACCUCCGACGAUGGCGAAUGACUCCAAUCUUGGACGAAUCCCCUUCUGCUGUCGAAAUGGGACGAUUCUGCCUCCUUUGAUGGAUCCGAGCAAGUCUCGAUCAUCUUUCCAAAUGCAAGUUUACAAAAUGCCACCAGACUUAAAUAGGACAGAGCUAGCUCCACCUCAGAAUUGGAAGAUCAAUGGCACUAUGAAUCCGGAUUAUGAAUGCGGGUCUCCGAUGCGAGUUAGCCCGAGUCAAUUCCCUGAUCCUAGUGGUUUGCCUUCAGAAACAGCAGCAAUUGCUAGUUGGCAAGUAGUCUGCAAUAUGACACAGUCCAGGCAGGCAGUUCCAAGAUGUUGUGUUUCGUACUCGGCGUUUUUCAAUGAUUCUGCUAUCCCAUGCAAUACAUGUGCCUGUGGCUGCAACAGCAACCCAAGCCAAACCUGCAGUGCUUCAGAGCCGGCUCUACUUCUUCGACCCGAUACUCUUCUUAUACCUUUCGAGAACAGAACUGCUGAAGCUUUGGAGUGGGCUGAUAUAAAACGACGAACAGUUCCGAAUCUCUUGCCGUGUGGAGAUAACUGUGGAGUUAGCAUAAACUGGCAUGUAUUAUCCGAUUUCAAAGAUGGUUGGAGUGCAAGGAUCACUUUAUUUAACUGGGGUGAAUCUAGAUUUGAAGAUUGGUUCGCGGCCGUUCAAUUGGAUAACGCCGUACCAGGCUUCGAAGAAGUCUACACCUUCAAUGGAAGCGUGCUGCAAGGCUCCAACAACACAAUAUUCAUGCAAGGCCGUCCAGGAUUGAAUUAUCUUCUAGCGGAAACAGAUGGUUCCAAUCCAAGAAAGGAUCCCCGUGUUCCCGGAACACAACAAUCGGUUAUCUCAUUCAAGAAGAAGUCUACACCGGGUAUUCAAGUGGCAACCCGGGAUGGGUUUCCGACCAAAGUGUUGUUCAACGGAGAGGAAUGUGCACUUCCCACUAUACUUCCUAGCAAAGCUCCCAUGAUCAGUGCAGCAAGCAGCAUUGUUGGCUUUCUAACACUUGCUCUGCUAUUGCUAAUGUAGUACUGAUAAGCUUUUGGAUUGCUUGCCUUUAAUUGCUCCAAAUUCCUUCUAUAACUAAUGUUUUUAAGUUGCACUACUCCAUAUGUUCAAUUAUUCAUC